GAUCUAUAUAUCUAGAUCUAGAUUAGUUACUGGGGGGCUGGGGGGGUCUGAUGAGUGAUGACCGAUGCUUCCCAGUUCCCAGCAGCAGACGAUACAGUCAAAAUGGAAGAUGACACGAGUUGCCUAGCAAUUACUGUUGGACAAACAUUUAACAGCUUCUCUGAGGUUAAAGAGCUUCUAAAUAAAAGAGAAGAAAAGCUUUUUGAGCGCCUAGUAAUGGGCCGCGGCUCUGAACAGGUCAGCUAUGCCAACCAGAGACUGAAAGGUCUGUCGAAGUACGCGGAUUGUCUUGUUUACCGGAAAGUAACAUUCAGAUGCAAGCAUGAAGGUGAAUUCAAGCCAAGGGGCACAUCAAAACUGUCCACAUCUCUGAAAAAGGGCUGCCCUGUCAAAGUUUCGUUGUCGGCGGAAAGAAAGCACAAUCGUCUGAUUGUAAACAGCGUUUGCUCUGAUCACAACCACGAGUUGUUUCCCCAGUCUGGAAAGAACGUGAAGGUGAAGGACAUUCAUAACUUUCGACAGAAAGCGAAGUUGGUUGCCUCAGAGGGCCUCUCCGAAGAGGAACAGGUCCUGCAGGUUUUGCAGGAGAUGGUAGACAAUGAGGAGGGAAGGUUCAGCAUCACCACAGACAGCGAGACUUGUUGUUUGCCUAUUUUUGUGCAGACUUCCCGCAUGCGCAAGGUCCUCCAGACCUUCCCUGAUUGUUUGUUUAUUGAUUGUACAUACUGUAAAAAUAAGUUUGCUUAUCCCAUUGUUGUGUUUUCAGUUGUGGAUGGGGAUAAUUGUGGACAAUGUGUGGGGUAUGGUGUUGUGAGAGAUGAGCAAAUGAGUACACUGUCUUCAUUGUUUGGUGAGUUUGUGCGAAUGAACGAGGAUGUGAGCGUGAAAACUGUUGUUGUUGACAAAGAUGCGAGUGAGAUUGGGGCGCUGAAAGAGACAAUGGGUGAGUGUGACUUAGUUUUAUGUCGGUUCCACGUGUGCAAGAGUUUGGAUGAGGCGGUUGAUAAGUACUGUGAGAAGAGGGUGAGAGAAAAAAUGCAUGUGAUUUGUCGUGACUUGGUGAUGAGUGAGAGUGAGACUGAUUUUGAGAGCGGACUCGAGAAGAUUCCUUUGGGUGCUUUUCGCACCUAUCUGGAGAAAAACUGGCUGCCAGUCAGGCACAUGUGGGCCCACCAUCAAACAAAGCGCCUUGUCAUGUUUGGCAACAUGACCAACAGCUUUGUGGAGCGACAUAAUCGCACUUUGAAAACCCUUGCAAAUUCAAAAAUGAGCCUGUCAGAAUUUUUUAGAUCACUUUUGGCCUAUCACAAGACGGAAGAAAAGAAGUUGCUCCACAAAGUUAUUGACAUGCACCUGCGUGCCAAGGUGUUCCGACCGAAUUUUGAUGCAGCUGGGCCGAUUUUGUCACAGGCAUAUGAGGUAUUGACCCCGUAUGCUUGUGAUGAACUGGCUCACCAGCUUAACAAGCUGCACAGCACCAAGUGUAGAUACUGUGUGGAGUCGAAGUCGAUUGUGACAUUGGGAAGUGCUGAUGAAAUCCGGGAUGAAGUGCCAGUCGAUGGAUGGACGUGCAAGUGCCCGUAUUUCAUCGAGAAGACCAUGCCGUGUUGGCACUUGCUGGCUCUUUGCCAACAUCAGAAUGUCUGCCCUGUUGAGCUGUUCCCUGCUAGGUUCCGAAAGCAAUCAUUGUUAGACUGUUGUGUGAGUGAUGUUGGUGAAGUAAGCAGUGGUAGUAACAAUCAGGUUCAGGUGGUUCUGAAGAAGGUUCAGUCGGAGUUGGAGAAAAGAGAUGUGAUGAAAGAGGCGUGCAGAGAAUUGGUUGCAGUAGGUGUGAAUUGUGGACAGGAGGAGUUUGAAAGGAGAAUAUCAGUGUUGCACGAGUUGACAUGUGGUUGGAGGAAUGGAGAGAAUGGAAGUUGAGGACAGGUUGCAUUUUUGAGGACGACGUCGUUGAUGUCUUGAAUACCCCUGUUGUUGAUAGUGCAAUUGAUAGAAAGAGUGCUGAUUUUGAUGUUUCUGUUAGAGAGAGUGCUUUUGUUGUGUCUGAUAGAGAGAGUGCUUUUGUUGUGUCUGAUAGAGAGAGUGCUGCUAUUGUUUAUGUUUCUGAGAGAGAGAGAGAGAGUGUUUUUGUUAGUUUAAAGUUUGAGCCUGUAAGAACGAAAGGUCGCCCAAAAGGCCAUGGUCGCACAGGCAGAUUUGCCAAGAAAAGCAAGUUGGCUGCAAAUGCUGUUGUUGGAAAGAGUGCUGUUAUUGAUUUGUGUGGUGUUUGUGAAGGCAUGGAGGUUGCAAGGUACAUGUAGUUUCGUGUGAAUGGGAUGAUUGAAUGGGUAGAUUGUGAUUUUUGUAAACAGUAGUUUCUUCAUUGUUCUUGUUUAAACCUUUGUUCUGCUCCACGUUAGUACACAAGUCAGGUAGAAGAUGUUUGUAAAGCGGUAAAUGUGGGCGUGUGAUUAAUGUUGUCGAUGUCCCUGAUGAAGAGAAUGUUCCAUUUCAACAGUAAAAUGAAUUUCACUUGGAA